CUCUCUUUUUUAAAGCAGUUUUUUUUCAUGCCUUAGAAUGAAAGUAUAGUUGUGUACUGUGUAGGAAGCAUACUCACCUUUUGUCUCUUAUAUCCAUUCGUGUGAGAGCAGUGGGAGUUUAUAUCUUCGAGAUGACAAAGUUACAGAAGGAAACUUGCGGAAAGAUGUGAUGGCAAAUGCUUCUGUUACAGAGGAAGAAUAUUUUGUUGCUCCUACAGGAAACGUUCCGUUUACACCAAGAUACAAGAAAUCUGAAGAAUGAUUUGAGUCUAUCGGAAUAGAAUUAGUUUGUGCAAAAAAUUGUUAAAGAUGCAGAAAAUAUUGCAGAUAUGUGAAAGACAUUCACUGGCAAAACCAAUUUUCUCUGAGAACUCUUUGUACUGUAUGAAAUUUGGGCCAGUUGGUGAACUGUUGAAAAAGUUUUUAUGCCAUGAAUGGUUACAUGCCAAUGUGAUUAGUUCUGAAAUAGGUGUCUUCCCUCAUUAUGUGAGCAGAAGUGAUGCUGGACAUACCAUUCAUGACUUGAAAGAAGCAUAUGAAUAUGUGAGAAAUUUAAAUAGUGGACAGUUGCCAUUUGGAGUAGUAGUUGAGACGCCAAAUCUCUGUGCAGAUAAAUAUUGCGAGAAACAGCAGCAUAUACUUGAUGAAAGUCUAUACUUCUACCCUAAGAAAUGCACAUUCUUGAAAACAUUUAUGUUUGUGGCACCGUCAAAGGCAACACAUUUUUAUUAUCGGUGGCAAAGACAUAGAAAAAUGUGGUGGAGAAAGUUUUCAGCCUGCCCAAGUCGUUUUGUCCUGUCUGAUGUACAAAACAAUGAGAAAAGCCAGUCUGUGCAUAUUCAAGCCAAUUUCCCAUGGGGCUCACAAAAUGUGGAAACACUAAGUUACUGGACAACAGCAGAUCAAGACUUGGCUAUCAGAACUGCGUUUGAAGCAAAAGAUGGACGGAAGAAAGUUACACCUCACAUUGUUGAAAGCACUUUGUCUGUAGAAUGUGCUGUAUUUACAUUCCUUUGUGAUGCAUAUGAUGAAACAGCAUUUGCUGGAUUACCAAGGGAAGUAAUGAGAUUCCACAGAAAGCUAGCACCUUUCAAAUUGAGCUUUUCUGCAUCUGCAUCAUCUUCAUCUGCAGGUGAAGAACUAAAUCAGCUUGCAGUUUACUUAACAAAGCAAACACGUGAUAGUGGAAUUUCCACGUUGUUGUUACCAGAUUUGGUUAAGAAGUCUCUUGAAUCACAAUUUGUACGCAAUGAUGAACUUGGCAUUCCAUACACUGCUGUACUUAAUGACACGUCACUUAAGAAUGGCAUUAUAACUCUCAGAAAUCGUGACACUACUCUGAAAGAACAGGUCCACAUAAGCAAACUGAGAGGGUACAUGGAGAAAAUUUUAAAGAACUAUUAACCAGAUGUCUGCUGACUUUGCUUUGGAUGCUUUCUAUUUCUAUAGGAAAUAUGGAAUAGCUUAUACUCAUAUACACUGUAACUGACAGCUUGUGGCAAUAAUAUGAGUAGUAUUUCAUUUGUUGUGUGAAGACUGCCAGUAAGCCAUUCUCGUAUCGUUCAGUGAGUUCGUCUUUGUUCACUGUUGCAUGCUGCAAAAAUGCAGCAGACAGAAAACUAGAAGCUAAGUUACAUUGUUUAUUAUUUACUCCAUAAGUCUUAAAUAUAUACACAUGCAAUAUUCAGUGUAAAUACAUUAAAUUUUCCCAUUAUCUUAUUACUGUAAAUA